GUCACGAUGAACUGAGCCCCUGGAACUGAUUUUCAUUUCACCGCGCGAAACGUAAACUGGUGGAACUGGUGAGAAUGUGGUGAGGAUCUUCUUCAGAGAGUCCUGGGUACUAGAGCUCACCGCGAGCAGAAAACAUGUCAGAGAGACCGCAAAUGGACAGGUUAUUGAGAAGUUUGUUUUGGUUGAAAAACGCCAAUGAUGGAACAAUACAUCAACUCUGAAUAUAUUUAAAAGUUUCAAUUUUCGCCAGACACAACCUCAUUCUCUACAAACUAACAAAGUCCUCUGGGCUGGAGCUGGCGACAGAAGAAAUCUUCAUACACACGGAACCUGUCAUCUUUGUCAGCAUGCAGUCCCGAGAGAAGAUGACAUCACAAAUCGCAGCUGAACUUUGUCUUGUUCUUUACUAAUGGGGACAAGGAAGAAGAAGCCUUGUGCACGAGAUGGCGACUACUCUGUUAAAGCUCAAGUAGACUUAAUACUGCGGCAAAGGCGUUAUGCGAUUACCACGGCUUUGCAGGCGAAGAUAUGUCGUGGUGUUGUUGGGUUUGAUUACAGCAAUGUCCGUGUUAUGGACUUAUUGGAUUGGAAGUCGUCUCCAAAUUGAUUCUGAAAUCCUCCCCAAAGGUUUGCAGUCGACAAGACACGAAACAGCAAAGUUUUUGAGGCUUAAGGAAGGCAAUUUUCAAGAAAACGAAUUGACAAGAAAGAGAGAGGAAAGUGGAGUAGUUCGAACGUCCCGGCCGGUACUGGGGUAUACAGUUACAUCAAAGGCUAAGGUGGCCAAGAAGAUAACAGAAAUAAGAUUACUGCAAAGGCUGAAAGAGUUGGAGAAAAACAAGCUGCAGAGGCAAUCAGAAGUGUUACUUGUGAAUUCCGUGGACUCUCUAAGAAAGGAUGUCUUAGAAACUUUCAAAAAUACCUUUAAAGUUCUUGGUUACAGAGUUACUUUGUUGAAAGAUACUGAGAAAUCAAUUUCAAUGAAAAAGGAAUGGUCGGGACAUAGGUGGUGUUUUAGAGGAAAAAUGCGAGGAAAUGCGACUGCAGCAUCUACUUGCUUUCAAAGGGAUGAUCUCCUCUUGCUUCAAGAAAACCAGAGGAUGUCGCCAGCUCCAGGCAUGGAGAAACUACUUCUAAGGAAUGAUGGUUUCUGUUACUUGAUCUCUGCCUCCAAACAUGUUUCAGCUUUUAAAAGCAAGCCUGUAUCACCCCAUUGUUUUGUGUUGCCAGCACAAAAAAAGUUGCUUCUUCAAGACAUCAAAGAAGGAAGAAGUCAGUCGUUCACUUUGAAAUCUCUUGAAUCGAUUGCUACGCCAUUUCAAAACUGGGGACAUACAAGUUCUGCUAGUGAGAAAAUGAAUGAGUUGUCAGAGGCUGUUGUACAGUCGUUUCCAGCAGAUGUGCUCCUGAUUGAAGACAAGGUUGUCAUAGUACAGGUUUAUGCCUUAGUUACCUCAGUAUCUCCUCUCAGGGUAUACAGACACAAAGAGGGACACAUGUAUCUCCAAGGAACAGAGAAUGGAAAAUUUGGUGCUUUUGAGAAAUGGAGCCUUGAUAAGUUUUUUAAACACCUAGAGGGCAAUUUUGGUGAAAACAAAGCCAGUGAAGCACUUGAGUGGAUGGAUGACCAUAUUGUGAAAAUGUUUCUUUUACUUGAACCUACACUUGUUACCUACUUAGGUUUUCCUGCUAGUAGAGGAAAACAAAUUUCCAGGUGCAAGCAAUGUUUCCAGGCCUUGGAAAUCACUUUUACUUUUACCUCAUCUCUCAGUCCUUUUAUUUUAGAGGUUAAGUCUCCUGCUUUUGAAAAUGUUUCCCUGAGGGUAGUUCAGGACACUGUCAAUCUAUUGUUUAAUAUGUCAUCUGUUCCGUUGUCCCAUGACAUAUAUCAGAGCUUGGAAGUGAUGAUGGAAAAAAUGGUAAUCAAGAACUGUCAACCCCAACAAGUGAAGGGACAAUGUUUGACAGAUGACUUGCUGGAGUACUUGUUAGAAACCAAACGGGAAGAACAGCAUUUAGGAAACUUUAAACAGCUUUAUCCAACCCGACAUGGUCAUAAGUACAAGACACUGAUGCUUGAGUUGCUUGACACUGGUGUAGAGUUGGAUGUCAAGCACAGAACUGGCUUAGGAACACCUGAUGUACAUGACAUUCUGACAAGAUUUGAAGCACAGAGGGCAACAAAUGAUUGGCAGCACAAAGGAGGUACAAAAUCAACAUCAUCAACAAGAAAUUCAAGAGUAUCAGCAGACUUGGAAAAGGAAACGGUGUGUAACAAUGAUCCAGAAGCAGACCCUGUUCUGAUAGAAUUCAAUACUCGACCAACAGUAGUUCUUCGCCCAGAGUUCACAAGUGACGUUUUCAUGUAUCAAACUACUGUCUCAUUUGAUACAAUGGUCCUACAGCUUUGGGGAAAAACUUCCACUUGUCAGUCAGAUGUUCGGAUCAACACAAAGCAUGAGGAAGACACCCAAACAUCAAACCAUUCCCUUGGCGUGGGCUGGAACAAGUUUUCCAUAUUUGUUGUUGACACCAGCCUGGCCACGCCUGAAAUAGUGAAUACAUACCGCUUGUUUGUGUUUCGUCAAAGACGUUCUGAGACAGAAAAGACGUUUGAUAAAGAAUCUGCUCAUCAAGUUUGUGCACACUACCAGGAAUGCAGCCUGCAAGUUAUUCCUAACACUCCUUGUGGUCUGCAGAACCUACCAGGCUUAACUUGGGAGAGGUUUCUCCUUAAUCAACAGCAACUUCCACGUUGUAAAACUGGGCACGAGUCAGGUCGUUGGGUUCUUCCGUGUGCCAGCUGUGAUGGCUCUAACAGUUGUUACUGGAGAGAAGCAGUUUGGGCUCCUUACUCGUGUCAUUACAAUGUGCUGUCAAGGGAUGAUACCAGGACAUGUCUUGCAAACAGGAAGAUUCUAUUUAUUGGAGACUCCACCAAUCGUGGCAUCAUGUAUUACCUUAUGGAGAAGCUAAAUGGUUCGUUAAGAAAAUGGGAGAAGACUCAUACGAUGAAAAUCUACAGUGACGAGUUAAACGGUCGACGAACCUCAGUCAGCUUCGCUUACUACCCUCAGUUUUGGCUUCCUGAAAACAAAAGACCUGCAUUUGUUAAAGCGCUUUACCAGCUAAUAGCAAGGUUUCUUCCUCUGGAAAAUAACACCAACACCAUUCUCGUAGUGGGCGGAGUGCAGUGGAUGGGUUCAAGACAUAUCACAGAGACCAAUAAGGCGUUAACGAGCCUUGGCUUGAAUGGCAUCAAAGUUAUUAUCAAGAGCCUGGGAUCUGGAUUCUACCUUCCCGUGCCAGGACUUCCUCGCCAUGACUUGGCAGGACAACGCAAAACUGCCCAACGGAAUCAGCGAGUUAUAAGUGCAGCUAAGCAGCUUGGUUUUGAAGUGGUGGACACUUUUGGCAUGACUGUGUCCAGAUACAAGGACUUCCUUCUGGGAAACUGUGGUUGCCACUUCCAUAAGGUUGUGGACAUGAGGUCCUUAAUCAAGGAAGAGGAUGAAGUUCCCUCUCCAUUGCUGGAGAACGAACAACACACUGACGUUUUACCCAGGUACCAUGUGAUGGGACCCAUCAAUAGCGUUUACUCAGAGCUAGUUAUAAACAGAAUGUGCAGUUAGAAGUUCAGGAAAAACUUGUCAGUGAGCGCGGCCAGUCACGAGGUAAUAAGAAAGAUGGAUCAAAGAUCGAUGGAUCAACAAACACAAGGAAUAUUUAUGCUGCAAGAAAGCGUUCCGUUUUGUGUAUGAGAGACACGAGAAAUGUAACGUGACGUCUAACUGUGUUUCAAAACACCUAGCCAUCCAAUUAGAGGACACUUCACAUAAUCAACAUUUUAUAACAAGAAAUUUUGAAAUCACUGUUAAAACAGGAACUUAUUUUGUUUUGGACAUGAUAUGAGAGAAUGAAAAUACAGUACUGCAGCGGGUUAUAUAGGUUUACAUUUUAGUCACGAAAAUUAAAAUUGUAAAGUAGUACAAUUAAUAUUUUUUCCUGAAUAUGUAUUGAAAUAUUUCAAAUUAUUUUCAAGGUCUUUAACAGAGUUAAGAGGCCAAGAGUAUUUAUUUGUAUCAAAGUUGUUUUAUUCGAAAUAUAUGGAUGAGAAAAAUUACACUAUAGAAAGGAAUUUGUAUUUCUUUAUGAACUAUUUUGUUACAGUUAUUUAUAGUAAUUAAUUACGUCAGGAAACCGAUAUUCGAUUAUAAAAAUUUAGUUGCUCUCUGUAUUAUAUACUAAUAUUCAGGACUCUGAAAACUGUGUUGAUCGCAGUCUUAAACUGUUCCUUGUUUGGCAAAUACUACUGUCCUAUCGAGCUCUCUACACUUGCAGCUGUGCCAAUGUGGAAGAAGAUCCUUACAAGAACCUCAUUGAACCAGAAAUUAGGGGUAAAAUAUAAAUAAAGUGGAACUGUUCAGCUUGAA